AUGUCAAAACUAUUCAAACAGGUUGACGUAUUCACCUCUGAGAAGUUCAAAGGUAACCCGGUGGCUGUCUUCUUCAACGGCGAGACACUCUCCACAGAGGAGAUGCAAGCCAUUGCCAAUUGGACAAACCUUUCCGAGACAACGUUCGUUCUGCCCGCAACUGUUCCUGAAGCUGAUUACCAAUUGAGAAUCUUCACUACUGGCCGUGAGCUGCCGUUCGCAGGACAUCCAACCAUCGGAAGCUGCCAUGCUGUGCUGGAAGCUGGCCUGGUGAGACCGAGAAACGGUCAAGUUACACAGCAAUGCGGGGCAGGCUUGGUCCAACUACUUGUUGAUGAAUCUUCUGGUAAUAUCAAGUUCAAACUGCCUUAUUACAAGCAUACCACUAUCGAUGACGAGCCAUUGAUCGAGGAAGUUGCGGAGUCUCUUGGUAUGCAGAGAGAUGGGAUCAAAUCCAUCGUUCUUGUUGAAGACGGGCCUCAUUGGUUAACUUUGGAGCUGUCAUCAGCACAGGACGUUCUCAAUGUCACUCCUAAUUAUGGCCAAAUUGAUAAGCUUUCGAACAAUGGGUUCAUUGGUUACAGCUUGUUUGGCCAGUACCCUGACGGGAGCUAUGAGGCCAGAAACCUCUUUAUUGAGAACUCCCUUGGUGUCGAGGACCCUGUGUGUGGCAGUGGUGCCGGUGCAGAUGCAUCGUUGCUUGCUGAGUUGUACGGGUUCCAAGGCGACUUGGUCAUCAAACAGGGUAGAAAGCUACGUAGGGAUGGCCAUAUUUCGGUUACAGUGAAAGAGCAGUCAAACAAUGAUAACAGAUACUCCAUUUACGUUGGUGGGAAUGCCAUUACAUGUGUUGACGGGAAAUGGUAG